UCUACAAUUAAUGCUGGCGGAUCGACACAGCCGACUGUAGCCUGCACUCACCGUUGACCCCUAUCUACACAUGCAGCCAAUGCUUGUCCACUACUGCAACUGUACUUACAACACAGCUGUGCCUUACAGCCCAUCAGCUUUCUCCCAGAACAUCGCCUGCUCACACUGCGGCUCUAUAUCAACUGGCAUUAACGUCCGAUCAAAGGUCGAAGAGCAGGCAAACAUGCAACAAGACGAGCUUGCGCAGCUGUUCGCAGCCAACAUGCAGCUUUCUCAACACAUGCCACAGCAAGUACAGCAGCAGCAAGUACAGCAACAACAGCCCGCACCAGUGCAGCAGCAGCCAGAACCAGAGGCACCGAAGAUAGUGUAUGCUUCGAGCCACUACACCCACUCACAUCAUGUCGUGCCAAGUCGCAGUGUCUCUGAGCCCCCGGCGAGAACGCACAUUGAGAUUUCCGAGCUGGGCGCCAUCCUCCUGCGUAACAGCAUCAACCCCGAGUUUCUAUUCCCCUCCCAAGUUGAGCUCUUCCAGAAUGCAGACGACGACCAGCGACUACGGCUGCUCGAGCUGUGGCGCAUCUCACCCCCACAGGGCCGCCAGGGCUACCCAGCAGGCACAGACUAUAAUCUCUCGAGACAGCUGUAUGACUGGCCACCGACUAGCCUGGCGCAGGAAGAGGCGAUGGCGAAGUUGCGCUACGACAAGGAUCAGCAGGAGCAGCAGGCAGCUCGUGAGCGCAGUGUCUCGCCGCAGGCCGCGGAGCCGUACAUGAUGUCGGGCUACGACAUGCUCGCAAAGCGCGAGUACGAGCAGUCAGUCAAGGAGCCGAGUUAUAACCAGGCCACAGAUCCCGUGUACAACAACACGGGCAACGGCUUGUGGCAGAAGAACAGCGACAGCAUCUCGAGCAUGGAGAACAACUACGGUGCCUUUGCAUACGCCCGCGAGUACGGCUUCCAGCAGCCCAUGUACGCGGAUGAGGAGAUGGUCAUGUGA